UUAGAAAAGAGAAACAGAGAGAGAAAAACUGCAACACGAGAUAAACGAAACAGAACCACAAAAACAUGACUACCACGUGCUAUUGGAAAACAGUGAAUUAAGGUGUCUCUCGAUCGAUCGAUAUUCAACUAGGGUUUGAUGGCAUGCUAUCUCUCUCAUCAUUCAGGUGUAUUCCAGCGAGAUGGUUGAUUAAGAUCCUGUGUAUGUAAUUGCUAGAUAAAUAAUGGUGGUUAAGGUAUAUGGAAAAAGAGAAGUCUUGGGGGCUUUUCAGUAAACUGAAUUGAUAUACACCUUUCCCACCAAAAUGGAGGAUGAUAAUGGGCUUGAGCUUAGCUUGGGUCUAUCUUGGGGUCGAUCAUCUGCCAAAGCUAAGGACAAAAGUGAUAACACAUCGGAUACUAGGAUAGACGAAGGUGACAGAAGCAACAAAUUGAUCAAUGACUUCAAAAACUUUCUUGAAGGUGGCACUAGGAAACAGGAAUCCUGCAUGGGGUCUCAGAGAAGUGAUCCAGUAAAACCUGAUGAUAGCUUCAGUAAUAAAUUCCCCAGUGCUACUGCCGAUGCAGAGGCUUCUGAAAAUUUGAAUGGAAGAGGACUCUGGGUUGUGAAUGAUAACAGAGGUGCUGAAGCUGAUGAGGAAAAAAGGCCCGAGACUAGUCACAAACGGAAAAGUUUCUUUGAUGAGAUAAGCAAUCAAAAGAAGCAUGACAGGGAAUCUCAAAAUGCGGACUUUCCUGACAAGUCAAGACCGUCACAUAUCUCCAUAAAUACAGAUGAUGGUUCAACUGCUGAAAAUGAGGAUGUGGCAGAUUCUGAAGCCGAUGGUUCAACCUCAAGGCUGGUUCCACAACAUGACGAUGGCCCGAAAAGGUACAUGAGGGGCAUGGGCCCAACUGAAGUGUCAAAGGAGUUUCACACAGUUGUUGAGUCAAGUAUGGUGGACUUACAGGGGCAAAACAAGUUUACUAUUUCGUCUGGAAAGGAAUUUAAAGUUGGGAACAUGUCCAUGCCCUAUGGAGUAACCUUCCCAGCACAGUCAGUAAACAUAUUGAAUGCGCCUUACUCGUUACCUAUAAGGGAGUCUAACUCUGUUGGGUUUCCUGGUGUGCUACCUGGCAUGAUUCAAGUAAUGGGUGUGGCAAAUAGUGAGCGAGCAGGGACCCAACAUGUGAUGCCUGGAAACUUACCUAUGAUGUUUGGCUAUUCACCUGUCCAGCUUCCAGUGUUGGACAAGGAUAACUCCCAAGGUUUGGCUUCUCAUGCACAACAACUCACUCCAUCCUAUGUGGGUAGACCUUCGCCAAACUCAGCUGCUGUGCCAGGAAUUAUGCACAAGCCAUCUGAAGCUUCACAGUAUAAUGGGACGGCAUUAGAACAGACCAAAGGUGAUCGGAAACAGCAUGCCAAUGAUGGAGGCUCCUCUUAUCCGACAGAAGAUGGUGUUAAGGGAGGCAGCACGGUCUUUGGGGCAAAUGGUGAAUCUGAUAAGCCAAGAACAGAAGGUUUCAUAUCUGAAUUACCAUCUAUAAGGCCAGGUAUUGCUGCAGACCUGAAAUUUGGGGGAUGUGGUUCGUACCCAGAUCUACCAUGGGUUUCGACAAAGGGUCCAGGCCCCAACGGUAGGACAAUUUCUGGCGUCACUUAUAGGUUUAGUCCAUCCCAAAUCAAGAUUGUUUGUGCAUGCCAUGGGACCCAUAUGUCCCGUGAAGAGUUUGUUCGGCACGCCGGGGAAGAGGAUAUGAAUCCGGAUUCUGGCUCUGGUUUACCAUCUUUGCCCAAUAACAACCCUGCUGCCUCAGCUCAAAGCUAGUUCCGUUGCUCAACUAAGCUAAUAAACAUCGACAGCUGAUGCAAUGAGGAAACCUUGCCUAUACACCUUAUGGAAAUUGCUCCCACCUUGUGCUUUUUAUGUAAACUAUUUGAUUUUUCAUUGAUCAGUUUGUUGUCUUAGCUGGUCCAUAUAAUGUAACACUUUUAUGUAAUUAUGUUCGAUUGCGUAA